AUGUUGACUAUGAAAAGUGUUAAAAGUAACAUCAUGAGUCAUGACAGCUUAAUCUACAGCAAAGUUGAUUCCAAUUACUUUCACUUUUUGAAGACAAAUUACAAGUCUUUACUCUUAGAGCUGGAAGCCCGAAUCGGAGAAAAAAAAAAAUCGAAGGUAUUCGAGAUGGGAUCGGAAGCAGAGAGCCUGAUUAGCAAUCUGAUGGUGAAGAUCAAGGAAAUGGUGGGAGAUUUUGGAACCUGUGAGAAUAUCAUUCAGGGUGUGAAACAGAGUUUGAUGUCGUUCUUCCUAAUGAUACAGAAUCUGGGUUUGUUUAUCAUGGUCUGGUUGGAUAAUGUAUUCCCACCGGAAACAAGAACAGUGGAGAGAAUGGCGGGACGGUUGGUGAUGAUUGUGGAAAUCAUCCGGGCCAAGUUUAAGGAGAUGGGUGCAGAUGAAAUGGUUCAAUUUCUGCUGGAGAAAUCCAAGGUGCUGUUUCUGAUAGUGGAAAACUCUGUUUCUUUUUCGGUAUCCUGGUUGGGAGAAGUAUUCCCACCAGAAACAAGGAAUUUGAAGGGAGUUUGGGUAGUGGUGAUGAAGACGACGGAAAUCACCCGGAUCAAAUUGAAAGAAAUCGGAGCAGAUGAGAUGAUUUACAAUCUGGGUCAGAAAUUGAAUAAGGUUCUAUUCUGGAUGAUGGAAAAAUUGGGUUCCAUUCUGAUGGCCUUGUUGGGCAGGAUUUUUCCACCGGAGACUAGAAAAGAGCGGAUCCGGUACUGGAUUCUUGUGGGUGGACCUUAUGCCGCCGUCGCAGUACUACUAAUCAUGGUGCUCAUUGUGUUUGGGAAUUGCAGCAGCAAGAAGGGAGAGAAGAUGAUGAAAGCUCCUGGAAGGGAGUUUAGGAUGCCAAGAAGAGAUUUUGAAGCCAACCCGAAAGGGUAUUUUCAUGGAAUCCGUGGUAACAAACACAAGAAAUGCUGA